AACUGUUUUCCGCAUGGCAAGCAGCGUCCCUGCUUACCUCCUCGGUAGCUACCCAUCCGUCCCUCCUGCUGCUCCGCUCUCCCCAACGCCCCCUCUCUCUCCUAAUAUCCUUCAGAUGCUUGGCAAACGCCGCAGCAGCAGCAGCAGCAGCAGCAGCAGCAGCAGCAGCAGCAGCAGCAGCAGCAGCAGCAGCAGCAGCAGCAGCAGCAGCAGCAGCAGCAGCAGCAGCAGCAGCAGCAGCAGCAGCAGCAGCAGCAGCAGCAGCAGCAGCAGCAGCAGCAGCAGCAGCAGCAGCAGCAGCAGCAGCAGCAGCAGCAGCAGCAGCAGCAGCAACAGCAGCACCGCAGCAGCAGCAGCACCGCAGCAGCAGCAGCACCGCAGUAGCAGCAGCACCGCAGCAGCAGCAGCACCGCAGCAGCAGCAGCAGCAGCAUCCAGGCCGCCCAAACCAGAUGCACGGCCUCCCUCCCUGCCUGCCAGCGCAGCCCCCCUAGCAUCCCCCCAACGCCGCCCUCCC